UCUUGAUUUUCCUUUCUCAACCCUCUCAACUUUCUACCCUUUCUCCAUAUUUUCCCAAUCUUCUCCUUCUUACCCUUCUCCUUCUUCUUCUAUUUCCAAUUUUCUCCAAUUCCCCGCCAAUUUUCCAUCAACCACUUUUCAAACACUCAUUCCUUCUCCCUCAAUCCACACAAAAACCCUAAUUUUCCUUCUUCUUCUUUGAUCUCCAUCUCAACACUCUAUUAGCAUUUUUAGCAUUACGAUGGUUCGAUUUCGAUACCCUUUUGGUAUAUGGUGAAGUUCCUCAGGAUCUUGUAACAGUGUCUCGGCCAUAAAACAGUUAUUCGGAUUGUAAGCUGAGGUUUUUGUUGUUGUCGGAGUAUUGAUUUAUUAUAUCUUAAAUGGCUAACCACGAUAUGAUAUUUGGUGAAAGUCUCAAUUUGGAACAUGAUCAUGAACAGCAAUCCGCGCUUGAUCAUAAUCAUAAUUUGGGCCACGGUGAAAACCAUGCAUUGAAAUUGGGACCAGUCCAUGUGCAUCAUUUGGGCUUGGGAGAAACCCAUGAUUAUGAACUGCCCAUGGAACCCAUCGAUGAACAUGAAUUCAGGUUGGCACAAAAGCAUGAUCAAGAAGGUGAUGAUGGUCGAACUUAUGAGCAUGACCAUAAGCCAGCAAUGGAUAAAAAACCUGAACAUGAUAUUGACCAUGACGAGUUGUCCCUUCCUGGACAAAACCACGAGUCGGUCCUGUCGGAGAACAAUGAUCUGACUGUUUCGGGAAGCCAAGGACUUGAUGAGAGCAUGAACCCGACUAUGGUUCAGAACCCAGAAAUGAGCAUUGGUUCUGCCAAUGAUAUGGUUGUUUAUCAGUCACAGUAUAUAGUUUCUUCUACACCCCAUGUAAUUCAAUCUCGUAAAGUUGAUGUAAAUCCAACUUAUGAAUUGUUGGUGGGCCAAGAAUUUCCGGAUGUCAAGAGUUGCCGUAGAGCAUUGAGGGAUACAGCAAUUGCUCUACACUUUGAGAUGCAGACAAUAAAAUCAGACAAGACACGCUUUACUGCUAAAUGUGCUAGUGAAGGAUGUCCUUGGCGCAUUCAUGCAGCAAAGCUCCCAGGUGUACCGACUUUUACCAUCAGGACAAUUCAUGAGAGUCAUACAUGUGGAGGAAUUUCUCAUCUUGGUCAUCAGCAAGCUUCAGUUCAGUGGGUUGCUAGCUCUGUGGAGCAAACGCUGAAGGAGAACCCUAAUUGCAAACCAAAGGAGAUAUUGGAAGAGAUUCAUAGGGUUCAUGGUAUCACCUUAUCGUACAAGCAAGCAUGGAGAGGCAAGGAGCGUAUUAUGGCUGCAAUGCGUGGAUCUUUUGAAGAAGAGUAUCGCUUGCUUCCACAAUACUGUGCACAGGUGAAACGCACAAACCCAGGCAGUAUUGCAUCUGUUUAUGGAAAUCCAUCUGAUAAUUGCUUUCAACGCCUAUUUAUUUCUUUUCAAGCAUCUAUUUAUGGAUUUUUAAAUGCUUGUCGGCCACUCUUGGGGCUUGAUAGAACAUAUCUGAAGAGCAAGUAUCUUGGUACAUUGCUUCUUGCAACUGGAUUUGAUGGUGAUGGGGCUGUCUUUCCUCUUGCAUUUGGUGUUGUUGAUGAGGAGAGUGAUGAUAAUUGGAUGUGGUUUCUCUCUGAACUUCAUAACCUGCUUGAGAUUAAUACUGAAAACAUGCCAAGGCUUACUAUUUUGUCUGAUAGACAGCAGGGAAUUGUGGAUGGCGUUGAUGCGAAUUUUCCUACUGCUUUCCAUGGUUUUUGUAUGUGCCACUUGAGUGACAGCUUCCGUAAGGAAUUUAAUAACACCAUGCUGGUCAAUCUUCUAUGGGAAGCAGCCAAUGCUCUUACUAUAAUUGAAUUUGAAACUAAAGUUUUGGAAAUUGAAGGGAUAUCACAAGAUGCUGCAUAUUGGAUUCAAAGAGUUCCACCACGUCUGUGGGCUACUGCUUAUUUUGAAGGGCAAAGGUUUGGUCAUUCAACAGCUAACAUAGUUGAAGCUUUGAACAGUUGGAUAUUAGAGGCAUCUGGGCUACCAAUAAUUCAAAUGACGGAAUGCAUUAGAAGGCAGCUAAUGACUUGGUUCAAUGAUCGGCGAGAAACCAGUUUACAGUGGUCAUCCAUACUUGUUCCUUCUGCUGAGAGGCGUGUUGCAGAGGCCCUUGAAUGUGCACGCACUUAUCAGGUUCUUCGUGCCAACGAAGCUGAGUUUGAAGUUAUAUCUCCCGAGGGAACCAAUAUAGUUGAUAUAAGGAAUCGCUGCUGUCUUUGUCGUGGUUGGCAGCUUUAUGGCUUACCCUGUGCACAUGCUGUGGCAGCACUUCUAUCCUGCAGGCAGAAUGUUCAUAGAUUCACAGAAAGCUGUUUCACUGUUGCAACUUAUCGCAAGACAUACUCACAAAGCAUACAUCCAAUUCCUGACAAAUCUGUCUGGAAGGAGUUGUCUGAGGGAGAUGCCAAUGUUAGCCAAGUUCAUGAAGUUGUCAUUAACCCUCCUAAAUCACUCAGACCACCUGGACGGCCAAGAAAGAAGAGAGUUCGUGCAGAAGAUCGCGGGCGUGUUAAGCGAUUGGUGCAUUGUAGUCGCUGCAAUCAAACAGGUCACUUUAGAACCACAUGUGCUGCCCCCAUCUAAUAAAUUGGACCAUCCUCAUUAGUUAUUAUUUAUUUUUAGGCUUCAUAGGCUAAUAGCUUACAAUUGCUAGUAAGUGAUGAUGUUAUUUACAUUUGCAUGACAUUAAUGUGAAUUAAUUUGUAGCGGAUAUUCUCCAUGUAGAUAAUAAUAAUCGUUCUUGUGCAAUAAAUCAUAUAUAUUAAUGCCA